CCGGGAGAUCUGCUGAAUUAUAUAACGUUAGCGUAGUUUAAUUGUAUCAUACAUAGCUUAGUUGUGGAGUGAACAUGGUAAACUCAGAGAGCGGAGCUCCACGGCAAUCUGAGAAGUGGAAUGAGGAUGACGAAGCCUUGGACGAAGAUCAAGGGCAAUAUAUGCUACGGGAAGAUCAAGCCAGUGUCACCCAGGAAGAAACAAAACUAAGUCGAGAUACCACCUGCGGAUUAUGGAUCUUCAAAGGACCAUUUUUUCAAAAAUUCGCAACCAAAAACACUUACACUGUCCUGUACGGUUUGGUCGGGUGUUUGUUUAACGCCACAUUUGGCUACUUUAAUGCCACAAUCACAACGAUGGAGAAGCGCUUUGAAAUACCAAGCCGAAAUAGUGGCAUAAUUUCCGCUGGAAUCGAUAUGAGUAGUCUUUUCAUGCUGAUCAUCAUGUGUUACUACGCGGAUAAAGGACACCGGCCUCGAUGGUUGGCGUUCGGAGUGUUCACCAUUGUGGUAUUCUGUUGGAUGUCGGCAUUACCUCAUCUGCUGUAUGGACCAGGUGAAGCUGCGUUGUCCCUAACCAGCGAAUUUGGCGUGAACAACAACCAGAGCCAAACCAGAGAAGUACUCGAACAGCAUGAGGCGAAACUCCUGUGUCAGAGCCAGGGCACGCGAACUAUGGAUUGUGACGAUGUGCAAGGGAACCUUGCCCCGCAGCUGAUUUUACUGGUAGCGCAGUUGAUUUCCGGAAUAGGCAACUCGCUCUACUUUACGCUAGGAUUUACCUACAUGGAUGAUAAUGUAGAGAAGGCAAAAGCACCGGCUCUGAUUAGUAUAUCUUUCUUCAUGAAAUUGCUUGGACCAACCGUCGGAUACACAUUGGCUUCCUACUGUUUGAAGCUUUAUAUCACACCAUGGAUGACUCCGAUCAUUACCAAUGAAGAUCCUCGCUGGCUCGGAGCUUGGUGGAUCGGUUGGAUUAUUAUGGGGUUUGCUGUGGUUCCUCUAGGAUUGUUCAUCGGGAUGUUUCCAAGAGAGCUGCCAAAAACUGUAGCGCGUAGACAAAUAGCCUUUAAACUAAAUAAAAUCACUUCGCAGGAUGCGCCUCCAGCUUCCUGGAAGGACCUGUGCAAAGCACUAAAGCGCGUGCUGAAAAACACUAUUCUGAUGUUGAACAACGUCGGCUCAGCAUUUUAUGUGUUCGGAUAUCUACCGUACAUGAUCUAUACUCCCAAGUAUAUCGAAGUUCAGUUCAAACAGACGGCUUCCACAGCUAGUAUGGUAACGGGAACGGUGUCGCUGGUAUUUACGGCCUUUGGAGUGCUGCUUGCUGGAAUAGUUAUCACAAGGUACAAACCUACAGCUCGACAAAUGGCUGCCUGGAAUGUUUUGGUUGGCUUUCUCUCGGUUGCAGGAAUGAUAAUUUAUUCAUUAUUGAAUUGCACCGCCGAUGUUGAUCAACCGUUGGUCUCUGUUUCCGGGAAUGUUACAUGCAGCUCCGCCUGUCAAUGCGAUUUUGUCGAAUACUCACCAGUAUGCGGAGAAGAUGGCAAUACCUAUUUGUCGGCGUGCCAUGCCGGAUGCCUGCGUAGGAAUUUUAACGUGGAAGGCAGAGUUUACGAAGAUUGUCUGUGCGUUUUGUCCAAAAAUGACACCAACUUUGGUUUGAGUGCGAACCCACCCGCUGUCGGUGGGUCUGCCCAUGCAGGACCGUGUUCCGUUGAUUGCCAAAGUGCUUUUGUAACAUUCAUAUUGGUAAUGUGCAUCGUCCAUCUUAUCCUGGCGGCAGGUCGGGCAAGUAACUUCCUGGUGUCGCUACGCUGCGUCGAACCGAGAGAUAAAACGAUUUCGAUGGGCUUAGGGAUGACGAUAGCCACGCUGUCGGUGAUACCGAGUCCGAUCUUUUUCGGAAUGGUUCUCGAUUGGACGUGCCUGGUGUGGGGCAAAAACUGUUCCGGUGACGGAAACUGUUGGGUGUACGAUGAAGCAGCCUUGCGAUAUUUGUUGAACUACAUUGCGGCUGCUUUUGUCCUUGUGGGAACACUCAUCGAUUGUGCUGUCUGGUACUAUGUGAAAGAGCUUAAAGUGUUCGAUGAGGAUACGAAUGAACAGGGAAUGGCCUUACAGGAGGUACAAAGAGCAAAGGAAUAA